AGCCGCCUUGGGCCCUGGGGCUGCUGCUCAGUUCUGUUCCCUUUCUCCUCCAGGCUCCUCUCCAUCACCGUGGGCACAACCCGGGCAUUUUGACUUCUGGCUUCUUCCCUCUCUCGUGCUCGCCACCCCGCCUCGUGUCACUGCCAGGCCUGGCGCAUCCCGCCUUCGCUCUGUCGCUUUAAGCGGGUCCCCGCCGCCGCGCACCCCCCUCACCCCUCCCGGCGCUCGGCUGCUCCGCGCCACUAAAACUGCUCCCGCUCCUCGUCUCCCGCUCCUCCUCCUCCUCCUGGUCUCCCGCUCCUCCUCCUCUCCGGCUCCUCCUCACCGCCACCGGCCCGCCGCCCGCUCCGCUCCUCGCAGCCUCCGCGGACCUGCAGCCAUGGCUGACAUCAAGACGGGCAUCUUCGCCAAGAACGUCCAGAAGCGACUCAACCGCGCGCAGGAAAAGGUCCUUCAGAAGCUUGGGAAAGCUGAUGAGACAAAAGAUGAACAGUUCGAAGAGUAUGUCCAGAACUUCAAACGGCAAGAGGCAGAGGGUACCAGACUUCAGCGCGAACUCCGAGGAUAUUUAGCAGCGAUCAAAGGCAUGCAGGAGGCCUCCAUGAAGCUCACUGAGUCGCUGCACGAAGUCUAUGAGCCUGACUGGUACGGGCGUGAGGAUGUGAAAAUGGUUGGCGAGAAAUGUGAUGUGCUGUGGGAAGACUUCCAUCAAAAGCUAGUGGAUGGGUCCUUGCUGACGCUGGACACUUAUCUGGGCCAAUUUCCUGACAUAAAGAAUCGCAUCGCCAAGCGCAGCAGGAAGCUAGUGGACUACGACAGCGCCCGCCACCACCUGGAGGCUUUGCAGAGCUCCAAGAGGAAGGAUGAGAGCCGCAUCUCUAAGGCAGAAGAGGAAUUUCAGAAAGCACAGAAAGUGUUUGAAGAGUUUAACGUUGACCUACAAGAAGAGUUACCAUCAUUAUGGUCAAGACGAGUUGGAUUUUAUGUCAAUACGUUCAAAAACGUCUCUAGCCUAGAGGCCAAGUUUCAUAAGGAAAUUGCGGUGCUUUGCCACAAACUGUAUGAAGUCAUGACGAAACUGGGCGACCAGCAUGCUGACAAGGCCUUCACCAUUCAAGGAGCUCCCAGUGACUCAGGUCCCCUCCGUAUUGCAAAGACCCCAUCACCGCCCGAGGAGCCAUCACCCAUCCCGAGCCCGACAGCUAGUCCCAAUCACACGCUGGCACCUGCGUCUCCUGCACCAGCCCGGCCUCGGUCACCCUCACAGACCCGGAAAGGGCCUCCCGUCCCACCUCUCCCUAAAGUCACCCCAACAAAGGAACUGCAGCAGGAGAACAUCAUCAGUUUCUUCGAGGAUAACUUUGUUCCGGAGAUCAGUGUGACGACACCUUCCCAGAACGAAGUCCCCGAGGUGAAGAAAGAGGAGACUUUGUUGGAUCUGGACUUCGACCCUUUCAAGCCUGAAGUGGCACCUGCGGGUUCUGCCGGAGUCACCCACUCACCCAUGUCUCAGACAUUGCCCUGGGACCUAUGGACGACGAGCACCGAUCUGGUACAGCCGGCUUCUGGUGGUUCAUUUAAUGGAUUUGCCCAGCCCCAGGACACUUCAUUAUUCACAAUACAGACAGACCAGAGUAUGAUCUGUGACUUGGCUGAAUCUGACCAGGCUCCGCCCACCGAGCCGAGAGUCGAGGAGCCGCCUGCACCCCCUGCUGCCGGGCCGGACCUCGGACUGGACACGCGGGCUGAGGAGCCAGUGGAGGCGGCAGUGAUCGCACCUGGAGCGGAUGCGGAUGUGACUGUGGGCACCCUGGUGCUGGCAGGUGAGGGGGCCCCAGUGGAGGCAGCAGAGAUGGAGAAGGCGGCUCUUCCCGCUGGAGAAGGAGCAAGUUUAGAGGAAGCCAAGGUGGAUACCGAAGCCACAGAGGCGGUAGACAGAGACAGAUCUCCACCGGAAGAAGCAGAAGUGGCAGUGCCUCAGGAGAAGGUCAUCCCUUCUGUCGUCAUACAGCCCGCCUCCAACAACGAAGGGGAGGGAGAGCACGAAGUAAUCGCGGGUGCAGAGUCCAAGGAGGCGACUGAAGACGCCGCGCCCCCGGGCCCCACCAGCGAGCCGCCCCCGGAGCUGCCCUCGGCGCAGAAGGCGGGGGAGGACGCGGCCCCGGCCAGCGGCUCCCAGGAAGUGCCUCCCGGCUUCCUCUACAAGGUGGAAACAUUGCACGACUUCGAGGCAGCAAAUUCUGAUGAGCUUACCUUACAAAGGGGUGAUGUGGUGCUGGUGGUGCCCUCGGACUCAGAAGCUGACCAGGAUGCAGGCUGGCUGGUAGGAGUCAAGGAAUCAGACUGGCUUCAGUACAGAGACCUGGCCACCUACAAAGGCCUCUUUCCGGAGAACUUCACCCGGCGCCUGGAUUAGGGCCAAAAGUAUCGUAGAAAGAGCCUCAUGACCGGGUUUUUAAACCUUUGUGCAAACCUAAAGAGUUCACUUUUGCCCUUACACUCUAAAUGAUCUACAGACUGAUGCCAGACGAAGCUUGGAAGGCUAUAUCAAUGGAGCAUGUAUGCAAACACAUGUAAGAGAGAAAAAAAAAAGGUAAAUUAAGGAAAAAACUCUUCACUGGUUCCCACGUUACCGAUAACAGGUUUCUUUGUGCUUUGUCCGAGCUGUGUGAAGACUCGUGUACUCGACUCCCCCUCCUCCCGCCAGUUCUAAAGUAGCUUCCUCCAGACCAGAACCUUAAUUUCUCUGCGCCAAGUGUGUGGUGUUGAGUGGCUGCCUUGCAGAAGACGUGACGCACUGUCCUGUAAGACGAGGUUCUCUUACUCCCCUGCGCAGGUGUGAGCACGCGCUCUCUCCCCCUUUCACGUUUUACUGUGUUGAAAACGAAACUGCUGCAAAAGUUUUCAGUGUUCUUUUCCGAGACGCCUCUCUUUCUCUCUCUCUCUCUAUAUGGACACACGGUCACACAAGCUAGUUCCCAUCACUGCCGGGUCUAUGUGUAUGCACAAGGCUGCAUACGCAUAGUCACUCGCCCCCCCUUCCAUGGUAGCUCUUUGCCGCUCAAGUGUCAUUGAUACAUGCAUUGCUCUUAUUCUGUCUGGCAUUACAGUUGCAGCUUUGCCUCCGGGCAAAACCAGCCACCCCCAUUGCCGAAACAGUCGACGGUAUCUGUGUUCGUAACGUGCAUUUUUUCAGGAUGCGAUGACGGAAUAGCACGUCAGAGCUGCUGCCGCUUUGGGGAAGGCAGAGCCUGACUGAUGGUCUCGCUGUGCGGCCUCUGUGGCUGGAGGUCGGCGAGUUGGGAUCAGCCGCUCAAUUGUCUUAAUUUCUGCCUUUCUGAGAUUGGCUAGAUGGCGGGGCAUUCAAAUCCAUCCCCCUCAAAGAACAGUAUUUCCAAAAGCUCCUAUAUAUUUCCACCUCUUUAUAUUUAUGCAAGUCAUCUUCACCGAUCGUCCUGAAAUAAGAGUAGGUGAUGUAUGCUGUAUCCACAAGUCAUCUGUAACGAUUAUGUUUUCAGUGCUGUGUCAUUCCAAAUAAACCUUUGGUAAGCUCCAGCAGCGACCUUA